GUUGGGGGGGGUCUUUGCUCUUUAAGGGGCGCAGCCUUCCCCUUGGGGGGGCCCUUUGAUCUCUAGGGGGGUCCGUGUAUGUCCCUGCCACUAACUCUUUCCCUGCCCCAAUCACCUGCUGGCUCCGCCCCCCCCCCUCCCCCUGGCUGCCGCUGUCGCCUUCAGGCGUCGGUCCCGGCUCUGCUCGCAGCUGCAGUCCCCCCUCCUUCCGCCGUCAACUCCAGGGGACCCCGAACCUCAGCAUGGCCCGGUUGCCCCUGGAUGGUGGGCUCCCCAGUUGCCCCAGGCCAUGACCACACCACCCCCAUCCAUGGAUUGGAGCCUGCCCCCGAGGGUUUUAGCUACGCAGGGCUGUCAGAGGGGCCGGUGGAGCUGCAGCAGCGCCGUGAAACCUUUGGGCAGAACCAGCUGCCACCACCACAGCCCAAGAGCUUUGCACACCUGGUGUGGGAGGCGCUGCAGGACGUGACACUGCUUGUGCUCCAGGCUGCUGCCCUUGUUUCCCUCGGCUUCAGCUUCUAUGCACCCCCCGGGCCUGACCUUGCAGGUGACCUGCUGCCAGCUGAUGGGAUCCUGCUCCAAGGCAAUAACCUAAAGGUGGAUGAGAGCUCCCUGACGGGGGAGUCGGACCUCGUCCAUAAGUCAGUUGACAAGGACCCCAUGCUGCUCUCUGGCACCCAUGUCAUGGAGGGCUCAGGACGGAUGGUGGUGACAGCCGUGGGGGUCAACUCCCAGACUGGGAUCGUCUUUACACUCUUGGGUGCUACUGGGGAGGAGGAGGAGAAGAAGGACAAGAAAGGUAAGACUUGGGGGAGGGGGAAGCCACCAGACAGGGCUAUGGAAAAUGCACAGAACAAAGACAAGAAGCAGGCCAGGGUGGCAGUGGAGAUGCAGCCACUGCGGAGUGCAGAGGGUUGCACCGAUGCUGAGGAUUGGGACCAGGACCGGGAGCCAAUGCGGAGGCGCCUGCCCACCCCCCGCAAGGAGAAGUCAGUGCUGCAGGGGAAGCUCACCAAGCUGGCCGUGCAGAUUGGCAAGGCUGGCCUGGCGAUGUCGGCACUGACAGUGGCAGUGCUGGUGCUGUCAUUUGCGGUGGGCACUUUCUCGGGGGGCGGCAGGCACUGGCGGCCAGAGUGCGGCCCUGUCUACGUCCAGCAGCUCGUCAAGUUCUUCAUCAUCGGUGUCACUGUCCUGGUGGUGGCUGUGCCUGAGGGGCUGCCCCUCGCCAUUACCAUUGCCCUCGCCUACUCUGUAAAGAAAAUGAUGAAGGCCAACAAUCUGGUGCGGCACCUGGAUACAUGUGAGACAAUGGGCAACGCCACAGCUAUCUGCUCAGACAAGACGGGCACACUGUCUUGUGCCUGUACCGCCAACCGCAUGACAGUUGUGCAAGCCUAUGUGUGCGACACACACCACCACUGCCUGUCUUCGCCGGGCAUCCUUCCGCCCACUGUCCUGGACCUCCUUGUCCAGGCUGUGGCUAUCAACAGUGCCUACACCUCCAAGGUCCUGCCAGCAGAGGCAGCGGAGGGGCUGCCACGACACGUAGGCAACAAGACAGAGUGCGCACUGCUGGGGCUGGUGCUGGGCCGUGACCCUGAAAUGGCAAGGGCAGCCAUGCAUGAGUCAGCACUGCUCAAGGUUUACACCUUCAACUCCGUGCGUAAGGCCAUGAGCUCCGUCAUGUGGCACCCAGGUGGCGCCGGCUACUGCCUCUACAGCAAGGGUGCUGCCGAGAUCCUGCUGCGCAGGUGCACAGCGGUGGUGGGCAGCAUAGGGGAACUGCGGGUCCUGGGGGUGCGGGAGUGAGAUGAACUGGUGCGAGGCGUGGUGGAGCCCAUGGGGGUUGAGGGGUUGCUCACAUUGUGCCUGGCCUACCGCGAUCUGCCCGCCACCCCCGAGCCCUCCUGGGACGAUGAGGACCGUGUGGUUGGUGACCUGACCUGCAUCGCUCUUGUGGGCAUUGAGGACCCCGUGCGGCCGGAGGUGCCGGAGGCGAUCCAGUGGUGCCAGCGUGCAGGGAUCACGGUGCAGAUGGUGACAGGAGACAAUCUGAGCACGGCACGGGCCAUUGCAGCUAAGUGCGGGAUCCUGCGGCCUGGGGAUGACACACUUUGCUUCAAUGGGCCUGACUUCAACCUCCGCAUCCGCGACGACCACGGCCAGAUUGAGCAAGAGCAGCUGGACAAGGUGUGGCCUAAGCUCCAGGUCCUGGCUCGGUUGUCGCCCACGGACAAAUACACACUAGUCAAAGCCCCAGGCAUCAUCGACAGCACUGCUGGGGAGCAGCGCCAGGUCGUCGCAGUAACGGGGGACGGCACCAACGAUGGCCCCGCCCUCAAGAAGGCUGACAUCGGCUUUGCCAUGGGCAUUGCGGGCACAGAUGUGGCAAAGGAAGCGUCUGACAUCAUCCUGACGGAUGACAACUUCUCGAGCAUCGUGCGUGCUGUGAUGUGGGGCCACAACGUCUACGAUGGCAUUGCCAAGUUCCUGCAGUUCCAGCUCACUGUCAACGUGGUAGCUGUUGUUGUCGCUUUUACUGGUGCCUGCAUCACCCAGGACUCCCCGCUGAAAGCCAUGCAGAUGCUGUGGGUGAACUUGAUCAUGGACACGCUGGCCUUGCUGGCACUGGCCACAGAGCCACCCACAGAGGCAUUGCUGCUGCACCAGCCUCACGGCCGUGACCAACCCCUGGUGUCCCCCAUCAUGAUGAAGAAUGUGCUGGGCCAUGCUGCAUAUCAGCUGGCUGCUGUCUUCACUCUGCUUUUUGCUGGUGAGGUACUGUUUGACAUCGACAGUGGGAGGGUAGCCCCACUCCACGCACCACCCUCUGAGCACUUCAUCAUUGUCUUCAAUGCCUUUGUGCUCAUGCAGCUUGGCAAUAAGCUCAACGCCCGCAAGGUACAUGGCGAGCGCAACGUCUUCUGUGGCCUCACUGCCAACCCCAUCUUCUGCACCAUUGUCCUUGGCACCUUCAUCCUGCAGGUCCUGAUCGUGCAGUUUGGGGGAAAGCCAUUCAGCUGCGCUCCCCUUUCUGCCCAGCAGUGGCUCUGGUGCCUCUUCCUCGGCAUUGGCGAGCUCCUCUGGGGGCAGGUGCUGGCAGGGGUCCCCGUGCUGCAGCUGCAGUGCCUGGGCAAAGCUGGGCAGAGGCGGGGGCUGAGCCAGGAGGCAGCCGAGGACGAGGACAACAUGGACCCUGUAGAGCAGGAGUUGCGGCGUGGGCAGGUGCUGUGGUUCCGUGGCCUUCACCGAAUCCAGACCCAGAUGCGUGUGGUGCGGACCUUCCGCAGCUCCCUCUAUGCUGGACUGGAGCUGUCAGACACCCGUGGCUGCCUCCACCGCCCCCGGCCACUCCCAGAUCCGCCGCUGUCACAUGUGGACCUGACCGGGAUCCCCCUCAUUGAUGACACAGAUGCUGAGGAUAGUGUGGUGCUUCGGCCCAGCAGGGGCCCCCCCACAACACCAAUAACAACGCCUGCCCCCCCCACAGCCUGGAGACUGCGCUCUGACCCCCCACGGACACGCGUGGAUCUAUUUGGGGGUCUAUUUGGAGGUGCCAGCAGAGGGGGAGGGGUAAAGCCCCUCUGGACACACCAGGAUUGGGGGGACAACACCCCCUCAGAGAUAGGUGGAUUCCUUGGAGGAUAUUUCCUCCCCUGUGGACAUGCCUACACCCUCAGGGACCACCCUCUAAGAUGGGGAAAGGAUGACCCACUGGGACACACCAAGAGGGGAAAGAGGUGCCCCCCCCCCCCCCCCGAUUCCCCUUAUGGACACACCUGCACUCCAGGAUCUCCCACGGUGGGGGAAAUAAGCAUGGACAGGAGUAGAUGUGGGGGAGUCCCCUAGGAUGGUGGGAGAUGUGGGCCCCCUUCAUACACUGAGACAGGGUAGAAAGACGCAUGGCACUGACAUGGACACAGACACCCGUGGAUUCCUCUGGGGAUGUCCCUGCCCCCCAUUCCAUCACUUGUGCAUCCCUGGAAGAACUCCUCCUAGUAUUGGGGGAGGGGUGACCCCCAACCCAAAUGCACAGAAUGCAGGGAGAGGCUGGACCCCUGUGGCACUGGUCCUGGGGGUAUUGUCCCUCCCUUAAAGAUGGGGGAGGGGAGAUUCCCCCAUAAUGGACAUGGAGGAAGAGGCUCCUCUCCCUCACCCUGGGGAACACCCCCUACCAAGAAACUCCAGGAUGUGCUAGGAGGAGCCCAAGAUUAGCCAGGAUCCCUCCAGCCCCUCUCCCCCUUGCCCCUCCUUGCUCCAGACCUGGCUGUUUGGGUUCUCUCCACUCUCUGGCAAGGGGUAGGCUGAGGACCUGGGUUCUUUGCAGCUGCUGGCAAAUGUGUGGGGUUUGGGUAGGUGCCAGGAACCUGGACUACUGGGCUCUUUCUCCUUCUGUUGGGAGAUUCACAUCCUCCAGGACCCCCACAGCCCACCGCAUUGUCCCUGUUUCAGUUUUCUCUAUUACCUAAACUUGCCCCUGCCACAGUUGCUAGCAAGUUAUUGUCCCUCAGAGAAGCUCCUCCCUCACCCAGCAGACCCGCCGGUCUGAUAAGGCUCGCCCCCCCCGCAGUAUCCCGGGAUAAGUGUCGCUAUCGCGCUAGAAGGGGGCAGGGCUUCGGAGGGAGGCGGGGCACCCUAGGGGCAGGGCCGGGCGCGCGCCGGCACAGGCAUGCUCCCCACCUGCAAAAUAAAAGGAUCUUUAAGUGCAAAGUCCAAAGACUCCAUGAAACUCCUGGUGGCCCCCCCACGGCGGGGGCGUCGGUCCAUUGUGGCGGCGCCUUCCGGUGGGCGGGAGGAGCUGCUGGCCCUGGCCCUGGCCCGGCUGGGGCGGGGAGCCUCAGGUGGACCCCCCGGCCUGGCCCUGCCCCAUGGGACCCGUUGGAGGGGGUCCUCGGCUCUGCUCCCCCUCCUGGAGCCCUCGGCACCCCGCUACUACCUGGACCCCCGACUGGACACCCAGCUGCUGAGGUACCUGCUGAGCCGGCUCUUGGCCAUGGGGGUCCCCCGCCCCCCCAUGCCUCCCCCCCACCGACUGCGCCGGGCCCUCCUAGAUGCCAGGGUCCCCCAGCCCCUGCUGAGGGUCAAGCGCCUGGGGAGGGGCAGUGGGGGGCCCCCACACCGCAUCCUGGCCCUGUGAUGGGGUUCCCCUCCUGCCAGCUGCCAAGGUGUGCCCCCAAAAGCCUUCUCCCUCCAUCUCAGCCUUGGUGUCACCCCAAAAUCCUCCCCCCAAACCCUGGCCAUAGUGUCUAUCCAAAAAAACCUUCCUCUCUAAGCUGCUGUCUUGGUAUCACCCCAAAACCUUCUCCCCCACAGGCCUGACCUUGGUGUCCUUCCCCCCCCCCCAACGUUCCCCACAAACUGCUUCCUUGAUGUCAUCCCAAAGCUGUUCCCUCCCGAAGCACUGACCUAAAAUCUAUCCCCCUAAAACAGUCCCUGCCUCUAUUUCAAGAUCUGCCCCCUACAGCUCCAGCCUCAGCCCCCACCCCCUCCUUGCUCUGUUAUGGUUCCUGUGUCCUCCAGCAUCUCCUCCUCCCAUGUAGGCUGGAGCAUUGGUGUCCCCCAAAAUCAAUUCCACUCUAUCACCCUCUGCUCUCUGCCUCUGUUUACCCCCUAAAAACUUACUGCUUUAUGCUAUAGCCUAUGUCCCCAAUAUUUCCUGCUUCCCACAAUCCUGGCCUUAGUGUACCCUAAAAUCCUUUCUCCCCCCCAGUCCCUGCCUCAAUGUCCCAUGAAAUUUGCCCCCUCAUAGAGCACCUGUUUGUCUCUCUUGUCCCCCCCAGGCCCUCCUGUGGCCUUUUUUUUUUUUUUUUUUUUCCUUCACUGCCCCCACAGCAUCUUUUUCCCCUUUGUCUCUUGCCUCCUCAAAUCCCUUCCUCCUACCUCAGUGUUCUCCAACAUUUUCCCUACUGCCAGUGUUCCCUGAUACCCCUCCCCCAUCUGUGCUUCCCAAUGUCUGUUCUAUUUCCCCCCCACACGCACACAUUCUGUGUUGCCCAAUAUUUCUCCCCUGUUAUGUCCCCUUAUAGCUCUUCCUCCCAGUCCUCAUUGUCCUUGGUGCCUCCCACAUUCCUUCCACCAGCCCCUGCCUAGGUGAUAUCUGUUCUCCUGCACACAGACGCUAUUCCAGUGUUCCCUGAGAUUUCUUCACCCCCAUAACCCUUGUGACCCCUGAUAGAUCUUCCCCUCACACCCCAAUUGGCUUUGGUGCCCCACCAAGUUCCUUCUCCCACAGCCCCCUGGACUCUCUUAGUUUGUGUCCGUCUGCCCAUCUGUCACUGAAAUCACUAACGAAAUAAAAAGCUUGUCAGAUAUUUUAAUGUAAA